GGGUUGGUGGUAUUAAAUCUGGAAUUGGGAUACUAGCUCCAAGUACCUACAUGUUCUUUGCUUCUGCUCUUCCUGUCAUAGCCUUUGGGGAACAACUCAGCAGAGAUACAGAUGGAAGCUUGAGCACUGUUGAGACUUUAGCUUCAACAGCAAUAUGUGGUAUCAUACAAUCAAUAGUUGGUGGACAGCCUCUUCUGAUACUUGGAGUUGCAGAACCAACUGUGAUUAUGUACUCUUAUCUCUAUAACUUCGCGAAAGGGCGGCCAGAUUUGGGAAAACAACUGUUUCUAGCUUGGACAGGAUGGGUUUGUGUAUGGACCGGCCUUAUGUUAAUUGUUCUUUCGAUAUUCAAUGCUGCCACGAUCAUUAAUCGAUUCACUAGGGUUGCUGGGGAGCUCUUUGGCAUGUUGAUUGAUGUUCUUUUCAUCCAAGAGGCUGUCAAGGGAGCUGUGAGUGAGUUUAGUAUCCCCAAAGCAGAGGAUCCACAACAAGAGAAAUUCCAGUUCCAAUGGCGAUAUGUAAAUGGAUUAUGUGGAAUAAUCUUUACCUUUGUUGUACUUACAACGUCCUUAAAGAGUCGUAAAGCAAGAUCCUGGAGGUAUGGUACAAGCCAUAUCAGAAGCUUCAUCGCAGAUUAUGGGGUUCCAUUAAUGGUUGUGUUAGGGACUGCUAUAUCAUUUAGUGUCCCUAAGGGAGUACCGGAAGGUGUACCUCGAAGGCUCUAUAGCCCUCUGCCUUGGCAAUCUCAAUCCUUGUACCAUUGGACUGUUGUCCAGGAUAUGGGAAAAGUUCCUGUAAUAUACAUCUUUGCUGCCAUAAUCCCGGCUCUGAUGAUAACAGGACUAUACUUUUUUGACCAUGGCGUUGCUGCACAAUUGGCACAACAGAAGGAGUUCAAUCUCAGAAAACCUUCUGCUUACCACUAUGAUGUCCUGCUACUAGGAUUUACGACGGUGAUUUGCGGACUUCUUGGAAUACCUCCGGCAAAUGGUGUCCUUCCACAAUCUCCGAUGCAUACUAAGAGCCUUGCUACCCUCAAGAAGCAAUUGAUUAGGAGAAAAUUGGUAGAGUCUGUCAAAGAAAGCAUAAAGAAAAAUGCUAGCAGCAGAGAGAUCUACGGACAGAUGCAAGAUGUUUUCAUUAAAAUCGAUCAAAGUCCUGAUCCACAUGAAGUUGUGAGGGAGUUGGAAGAUCUAAAACAAGCAGUGAUGAAGGGAGAUAGCAAGGAAGGAAAGGACGAAAAGGCUUUUAGACUUGAUCACAUUGAUGCCUUUUUGCCUGUUAGAGUCAACGAGCAAAGAGUGAGUAACCUCUUACAGUCGGUCCUUGUAGCAGGCGCCAUGUUUGCUAUGCCCGUGAUUAAGUUGAUACCCACCUCUGUUCUUUGGGGAUACUUUGCAUAUAUGGCUAUUGAUAGUCUCCCAGGAAGCCAGUUCUGGGAAAGAAUCCUCCUCCUUUUCAUCACACCUGCAAGACGAUACAAGGUUCUGGAAGAUGCUCAUGUAUCAUAUGUGGAAUCAGUGCCCUUCAAAUACAUUGCUGCUUUCACGAUAUUCCAGUUGGUGUACUUGAUGAUCUGCUUUGGGAUAACUUGGAUACCAAUAUUUGGAAUUCUUUUCCCAUUGCCUUUCUUCCUUCUCAUAGUCAUAUGACAAUAUAUGCUUCCGAAGAUGUUUCAUCCUUUUCAUCUACAAGAACUGGACGCGGCUGAGUAUGAGGAGAUUGCUGGUGCACCAAGACGUUCUCUUAGCUUGUCUUUCAGGAGGGAAGCUCCUGAAGAUGCUCAAGUGGGAGAUGACGGUGAGAUUCUAGAUGAAAUAACAACCAACAGAGGGGAAUUCAAGAUCAGAACCUUGAGCUUAGAUACUCCUCAGAUACACCCUCGAGAGAUCGUUGAUCACGAGUGAAGCAAGGGAGGGCAUCAGAAAAUCGAAUUAUUACAAGAAUUGAUGAACUUAUGGAAUGUCAGUACCUGUAAAAAUCAGUGAAAGUUGUGCUAGGAGGGGGAUAUCAGUAUAUCAUAUCAUUUGGUCAUAAACAUUUUGUUGUGCUUUUUCCUAAAUUGUACUGUAUGAUAUUACCAAUGACAUCUUUGCCAGAAAUAGUUAAGAUUGAGGUUAUAGGAUGAAUCUUAGGUCCUAAUAAGUUUGAGUUUCCCUCCAUAUCAUGUGAAUUUGAUAUUACCAAUGAUAUCUUAACCAAGUGGUUAAUUAAGAUUGAGGUUAUAUCUUAUA